AUGGCGUUUGGCCGACUCUACCAAGAUAUCCUUAUUCGUGGUCAUCCACACUCACCCUCAUUCUGCUUUAUCAAACAAAUCUCACAUCGUUCUACGCGCCUUCUGGCAUCUCUUGUCGCCAUAGAUCUCACUUAUCUUGUUUUUAUUUCUCCUGCUUUCUGAGACUCUUUAGGAAUUCAAAUCGUCAUUGUAUUAUAGCACUUUCGGAUACUUACAUCUCUCGGCUUUGGUUUACAUAAAUGUAACAAAAGGAAGAAGAAUAAAAAGAUUGAAACCUCUUC